AUGGGUGCUGCAUGCUCCUCCGAGCAAGGAUAUGAUCUCUGUGGUCCAGCUCGUCCCCGGCACCAGGAAACAGCUCCGGGACAGGACAAGCCAGUAGAAGUGCCUAAAGCUGCCAACGUAACCCCUGAGCCGGAGGAUUACUCCACCAGAGGCACCCAUCGUAGCAAUCACACUCAGAACCACCACAAUGGCUCAACACGACAGAUCCGCACACAAACUAUUCGACAACCAAAAGUCAAAAUAGAACGCAGUUUAUGGGGACGUCCUAAACCAGAAGAGCCACAGAAUACCCUCAACGCGAACAUUACAAGAGAGGCUGAGAAGCUGAGAGGAGACGCGAGGACAAGGUAUGAGCAUAUGCGUCCAGGACCUGCUCCACCGGGAGAUGAAGCUCGUAGAAGGGCUGAAGGGAAGAUGCUUACCCCCCAGCAGUAUCUCCAGGAAAUGGGCAGGAAACGUGGUAAUUAUUAUGCGAAGAAAGAGGAAAAUGCGAGGAAAGAAGAAGAGGCCAAGAUAGCCGAAGAAGCAAAGAGGGCAGAAAGGGCGAUGAAAAUAGAAGAAACGAGGAGGGUAGAUGAAGCGAGUAGGGCAGAGGAAGUGAGGGAAACAGAAGAAAAGGAGGCGGCUCAAAGAGGUGACAUGUUAACUGUCAAUUACGAUGAUGUGGAACAUGUACCCUCAGAGACAAUUGGCCAAGAGGAAACUGAGGUACGCAACAAUAACAACGUGUCGGACAACGAUGAGAAUAUGGCGCCCCCAUCCAGUGUUCGUAUUAUUCAGAAUUGCAUGGAAAGGAACAAACAUGCCAUCGAAAAUCUACAUGACGACAUGAAUGUUUGGCUCAAAGCAAGUGUCAUGUGCUACGACAUCAGACAUUACGAUAUGACCAUCGAGAGCCGAAAGAGAAUUGAGAAGAACGAAAACACCUUCUACAAUACAGAGAAGACCAAGAUUGAUAAGCUGUUCGUAGUUUACCCUAUACCGAAUCAUAGGUUUAUCCCUUCACCGAACCAGAAGUCGGCUAUCAAAGAAGGCGUCGUGCUGACCCUUAGAAAGCUGAUGGACCAUCUUCGUGAGGUUUCCAUCGCCGCAGCCAAACAUGAAGGAAGAGAAGCAGACUGGAGGGUCAUCUUUUGCGAGGAGCUGGCGCCAUACUACGAGUAUGCACUUGGUAUUUUCGAUGGUGGCAAGCAGCUUGAGAAUCGGCUCUGGUUUCUGCAACUCAUGGAAAAGUUUGGCUCACCGGUCCCGGCUGAAGAACUUGCAAAGUGGGAUGAAAAAAUGUCUGGCGUGUAUGGUAUUGGUGACGAGGCAAGAACGGCGGAGGUUGCUUCGAGGUGGCGAGUUGCUCCGACUGGAAUGAAGCCUCUGUCGGAGUGGAUCAAUAUCAUCAAUGGACAGUAA